AUGUUGGGCAACCUGUAUGAAAACAAAAUUCUUUCUCAAAACCUUUUUUCUUACUCAGACGUUGCUUCUUCUACUCAUUCAUCUUUGACUAGUUCACCAAUUAAGCAGUUCCUUCAGCAAUUAUGGAAGGUUGCCACUGUUAAGAAUUCAAAAAAAAUCCAGGAUCCAGAAUUUCCUGAUCAGCCGGUCGAAAACAUAAACGUUGAGAUUCACGCUGUCGACCGAUUUUAUCCGUUGAAAUACCUAUCUUCCAUUACUGAAGCAAUGAGGAAAAGAUAUGAGGAGCCUACAGAUGUUGUAAGUUCUAAUCUCCUAUUCAACUCUUUUAGUCAUGGCUUAUCAUCCAUUGUGUUCAAUUACAAAAACUCUACCUAUUUAAAGUUAGGUGCUUCAGAUUCCUGUAAUGAUAUGUUUGAAGAUGCGCAGGUUUACAAACAUGGUCUUUGCACAAAACGAGCACGCAGUAAUAUUUUAUUGGCAAUGAAUUACUCUUCCAAGAUAUACAGGAAGCUAUUUGAUUAUUUUAGGCAAGGAAAAGCUCCUUUAUCGGUUCUCGUACACCAUGUGAUGCUUUAUGAUUACUAUCCUGAGGAAUUUCAAGAUGUGCUAUGGUCGGCCACGCAAUGUCAUGUAAUGCAUCAAGUGCGUUUAAAUCGUGCAAGUUUACUUCAAGCGAGAGCAUGUUAUCAAAAGUUAGGAGACAUUCGCAUGUACUUUAUAGAUCCUGCCGAUAUGUAUGUUCCUCCGGAUUCUUUGAAUUGGUUGAUUGUCUGCAUCAAAAAUUUUCAAGCUAUAAUUCAACUAAGACAUACUAUGGAUGCAAAGAAACUAUUUCAAAGAAGGUCAAAGUAUUUGACUUUGGCGCAGUUUGCAACCUCGAGCUCUGACCUGGGUUGGCUAUGUAUGAUGUUGAGCAUAGGACGAAAUGCUUGUGCAUUACCGAUACAUGGAUAUCUGGGCGCAAAGAAAGUUUUGUACCCAAGCAUCAUACCUGAUAAUGUUUUCUGUAUGAGAAAAGUGGACUCUGUGUUAUAUAAAGAGAUCCAUAGUAUACAUCAAUUUUUAGAAUUUCAAGGGCGUUUGUUUAUGGACCUCCAAGAUUGUCAAACAUUUCACAGAGAAUACGAGAUUUACCAUUGCUAUCGAACAGGAAAACCACUAUACGAAAGUUACGAAGAAAAAGCAAGAGGCGAUGACCCAUUUGUUAUGAGAAGCUAUCCCAAGACGAAUUUUGAAUUAGCGAUCAAUUCCAAUAAAGAAAUUAUUGAAAAGUAUAAAAAAGUUUUUGAGUAUAAAAGGAAUGCUCUUCUCAAACCUGUCCUUGUUGGAAAUGGACAAAAAGCCUCAAAAAUUUACUAG